AUGUAUAGGCAGAUCGUCGUUGAUCCGCGUGACACAGAUUAUCAACGCAUAUUAUGGGUGGAUACCGAGACGGAGCGCAUGCAAGAUUAUAAGCUCUUGACCGUGACGUACGGUAUGGCGUCGGCGCCGUUUUUGGCGUUACGAGUGCUGCGCCAACUGGUCCGCGAUGAAGGGCAUUCCUAUCCGUUAGCCGUGUCCGUCCUGACGGAUAACAUUUAUGUUGACGACGUCUUGUUCGGCGCCGACGAUAUCCCUCUGUUUCGGCAGGCGCGCGAGCAAUGGUCCAGUAACUCGUCGGCUCUUCUGAGCGACAUUGAUGACAGCGAUCACGGUUUGGCCUGCAGCAAGGACCUUCAACCAGGCGAAAAGGUUAAAGUCCUCGGGAUAUGCUGGCACCCCGCUCAGGACGUGUUUCAGUUCCGCAUUUCCUGCCCUCCCUCUGUCUCGAUAACGAAGAGAUCGAUUCUCUCGAAUAUCGCGCAAAUAUUCAAUCCGUUGGGGUGGAGUGCUCUGGUCACAAUAACGGCAAAAAUCUUUCUUCAGCGACUGUGGCAAUCACAGCUCGACUGGGAUGACCAAUUUCCCACCGAUCUCGCUGAUGAGUGGGAAGUUAUUCGGGCGUCACUCCUGUCACUUGAUGGCCUUCAGCUCGAUCAAUGGGUUCGACGCGGAUCGGAUACGACGGCCUGCGAGCUGCACGGGUUCGCGGACGCGUUCUCUCAGGCGUAUGCAGCCGUGGUUUAUCUGAGGCUUCUUUCGAUCUCCGGAGAGGUCUCCUCGAUGCUCCUCGUCGGAAAGUCUAGGGUCGCGCCCGUUAAGUCACUGAGCAUUCCGCUGUUGGAGCUCGCAGCAGCAGUACUGCUCUCCAGAUUAAUGGAGUUCGUGAUCACGUCCCUCCACCUUUCCGAGGUUCCGUGUUACUGCUGGACGAACUCCACGGUCGUCCUUGCGUGGGUUACGCAACAUCCGUCAAGGUGGCGAACGUUCGUGGCAAAUCGCGUCGCGGAAAUUCAGACCCGACUUCCCUCCGCUUCGUGGCGACACGUGCCCACCAUCGACAACCCCGCCGACUGCGCGUCUCGCGGAAUUUUCGGGCAUCAGCUCGCAUCCCAUCCGUUGUGGUGGCAUGGUCCAUUGUGGCUUAGGCUUCCGAUCUCCGACUGGCCGGUGACUGUCGACCCUCACCCUGAGACCUCAAUGGAACAAAAUGUAAAGACGCAGGUUCUCGUCGCGAUGCCGAGAGACCCUGUCUUGUGGGACCUCGCCGCGCGCCACUCGUCGUGGCCGAAGCUAAUGCGCAUUACCGCUUACGUUAUGCGAUUUAUCUCGCGUACUCGCGGACGUAUUACUUUGCCGGCUGGGCGCGUCGAGAGUCCCUCAUCCUUGACGGUUUACGAAAUUCAACGCGCGACGAACUUUUGGGUAAAAACCAUUCAAGCGGAGCUAUUCGCGCGCGAGCUGACCGCGCUUCGAAGAGGAGACGCGCUCUCGUCAAAAAGCGUACUGUUGCCUCUCGCGCCGUAUUUGGACGAAGAUCAAAUAAUUCGUGUUGGUGGGCGGUUGUCGCGGGCGCCCAUCCCGGCUCACGUCAAACAUCCGAUCGUUCUCGCGUCCCAUCCUCUCGUCCAGCUCCUCAUACAGGAUAUUCACAGGCGAUAUCUCCAUGCCGGCAUCCAGCUUACUCUGGCUACGCUGCGGCGAAGCCGUCUGGGCCAUGAUGUGUGGUAUACAGACGGUUCAGGGAACAAUGGUCGCUUUGGUGCGGGCAUAUAUGCCCCAAAGAAUAACUUUAGAUUGAGCAUUCCUAUGGGUGGAAUGGCCACGGUUUUUCAGGCUGAGAUCUUGGCCAUCCUGGAAUGCGUCAAAUCUAUAACCAUAACAGGAACUGGCAACAAGGGUAUAACUAUUUGCACCGACAGCCAAGCUGCCCUUGGCGCUCUUGCAAAGCCCACCACGGAAUCCUCCCUGGUAUGGGACUGUAUGCAAGCACUAAAUCAUCUCGGGGAACACAACAAGGUUACCCUGAUGUGGGUACCGGGUCAUCAUGGAGUUCGAGGCAAUGAGGAGGCGGAUGGCCUAGCAAAAGCGAACACCCUCGAGGACCCUGCUGAGCAGAUUGUCGGCGUCCCAUAUAUGCCUUGGGCAGAAACACCAUCAUCAAACAGCUUGAUCAGAGGCACCGUUUUUUGUGGAAGGAAAGGCGAAGCUGUAGGCAGGCUAAAAUGA